AUGGACGAAGAUCAAACUAGCAGUGAGCUAAGCCAUGGAAGCGAGGCAAGACCCAAUACACCAUUUGCUGACCCUUUCGCCGAACUACACAAGAAUAAUACGAAGUAUGCGACUACAACGGAGGAUCCUGCUGUACAAUUAUGGAUACCAGAGGACAAUACGAGUGUACGAAACCAUCCUCAUCCAUUAAAACCCCAAAUAUCCUACAAACACAAAUUAAAUAAGCAAAAGACACUGCCAAAUUUGCCACCGUUAACCGAAGAACCGGGUUUAAGUUCGAAUGAAAGAACGAGUGAAAAUGAAAUUGAAAAGCAAGAAAGUGGAAGCGGUGGUAAAAAAAUAGACAACAAAUUCAAGUGUUUUAAAAAGCUUAAAAAAUCUUUACAGAAACCUAAAGAAAGCGCCGAAAAUGUGCUUACAAUUGCAAAUUGCAGUAAAAGUGUCGUAGCUUUGCCAAAAAUAGACACUUAUUGUAUAUCUUAUAUUCGCCCAUCGACAAACCACGGUUUUUCCUACGCUGUGAGCUCAAACGAGUUACUAAAAGGCAAAAACACAACCUCAGGAAAGAUUAAACGGAAAAAAACAACCUCAAAACUCAACAGCACGUCUGAAAAUGGCUUUCCACACCCGGGGAAUAUGUACCUGCUUUUUAGGGCACCGUCGCGGGCAUGCGGGCUAAAUAUUCCAGGCUUGCGGGCAAGACCAAAGGAACUGCAGCAUCUAAAAGGCGCGAAACAGCUCGAGAAAGCGAAGACGACGGUGCAGACAAAUAUUGUUAGAUUGCCUGACAUUAAUGAAGAUAUGUGGAAGUAA